AUGCCCUUCAAGUCGCCCGACUGGGCUCCCCAACUGCAGGGUGAUAUUCCAGAUAAUGUCUCCGUAGCCGACUUUAUGUUGGAUCCAGUGUACGGGAGACACGCUCUGGAGAACUCCCGGCCACCGUUCGUGUGUGGAAUCUCAGGAAAGGCACUCUCAACCUUGGCAGUUAAAGACCACGUCGAGCAGCUGGCCAGUGGCUUGGCAAGUGAGUUGGGGUGGAAAGUGGGCCAGGGCAAUGCCCUGGACAUGGUUGUUUGCAUUUACAGUCUCAACACAAUCGACUACCUGCCGCUGAUCUGGGCCGUUCACCGGCUUGGCGGUGUUGUGGCGCCCGCAAGCUCGGAGUUCUCGGUGUCAGACCUCACGUCGCAACUAAAAGCGUCCAGAACCUCCUGUGUCUUCACCUGCCUGCCUCUGCUCAAGACGGCUAUCGCGUCGGCAGCGGCGGCUGGCAUUCCCCGGUAUAGGGUGUAUCUUCUCGAGCUCCCGGAGGUAUUCGCCGCCCCUACUCGUGACACCACCGUUUUCAAGAACACCAGUCAGCUGGCGCAGCAGGGUGCCAGGCAGCCAAGACUGGAAGGACUCAAGUGGGCUGAGGGUGCUGCCAAGAAGCAAGUGGCGUUUCUGUGCUAUUCAAGCGGCACGUCUGGUCUUCCGAAAGGUGUCAUGAUAUCGCACUACAAUGUCGUUGCCAGCAUCUGCCAGGUCUGCGCGUUUGAAAGCCCGUGCCGUGAGCUGCUCAGGAAGGCAUCAGGCACUCACGUGUACAUGGAGAAUGUCCUGGGUUUGCUCCCGCUCAGCCACAUCUACGGGUUGAUCAUGAUUGCACACUGCGCCGCAUGGAGAGGAGACAGCACCGUUAUCCUGCCGAAAUUCGAGUUGAAGACAUUCCUGUGUGCUAUUCAGGACCAUGAGAUCAAUACCCUGUUUCUCGUGCCACCCAUCAUCAUUUUCAUGAUGAACAAUCACAAGCUUCUGAGCGAGUAUACCCUGGAAAGUGUCAAGGUUGUCUUCACCGGAGCGGCACCCCUCGGAUACGAGACAGCACAGCAGCUGUCCAGUUUGUAUCCCGGGUGGCUGAUCCGGCAGGCAUAUGCCCUCACCGAGACCUGCGCCGUGGUAAGCUCAUCCGCCCACUUUGAUACCUGGCUCGGCUCGGCUGGCUCGUUGAUCACUGGUGUUGAGGCCCGGAUCGUGGACAUGGACGGCGCGGAGGUUACCGAGUAUGGAAAGACAGGCGAGCUGCUGGUGAAGUCGCCGUCUCUUGUCAUGGGCUACCUCAACGACGACAAGGCCAACAGGGAGACCUUUGUAAGUGACGAGAAUGGUGAUAUCUGGAUGCGCACGGGCGAUGAAGUUGCCAUCAACAAGAGCCCCGGCGGACACGAGCACCUUUUCAUCGUAGACCGGAUUAAGGAACUUAUCAAAGUCAAGGGUCUUCAGGUUGCUCCGGCCGAGUUGGAGACUCAUCUGUUGCUCAGCCCCUUAGUAGAGGAUUGUGCUGUCAUCGCCGUUCCCGAUGAUCGAGCUGGCGAGGUGCCCAAGGCGUAUGUGGUCAAGGCAUCGGGGAUACAUGGUGACGAAACUGCCAGGCAGGCUAUUUUGAAGCAUGUGCAAGAGCACAAGAGUCCCCAUAAGUGGCUGAAAGGGGGUGUGGAGUUUGUGAAGGAGGUUCCCAAGAGUCCAAGUGGCAAGAUCCUGAGGCGAGUUCUAAAAUUGAGAGAGCAGGAGAAACGGGAGAAGACACGUGCAAAACUGUAG